AUGGAUCUUUGUCGCGGCGGCGAGCUCUUUGAUAUGAUCAACGAGUAUGACCGCCUCUCUGAAGCUGACACCGCGGUCAUCGCCAAGCAGCUUCUAGGUGGCAUUGAUUACAUGCAUAGCAAGGGGGUGAUGCACCGUGACAUCAAAGCGGAGAACGUGCUGUUGACCGAAUGGUCUGCGACGGCGGUGGUCAAGAUCAUCGACUUCGGAAUCGCAGCCAAGUUUCAGCGGGGCGAGAUGUUCGAUAAGAUCUCAGGAUCACCUCAGUAUAUGGCUCCCGAAUUAGUGGGCCAACGAUACGACUAUCGGGUGGAUAUGUGGGCCUUUGGUAUUCUCAUGUACUUCACCUUGUAUGGCCGUUACCCCUUCGACGGCAACAACGUCCGAGAGAUUCUGCUUACCGUCCUCCAUGGCACCAUUGAAUGGGAGUCCGAUGAGCCUCGGCUGGGAGUCCGAAGAGCGCGAGCCGGAACCGUGCCAAUUCGCUUGGAGCUUUUGGUGGACCUCCACCAAAAGCUCCUCAACAAAACAAAGAAUGGAGUUCCACUGAAGAUUUGA